AUGGAACGCGACACGAAUCAAAUGUCCCAGCAGAGUCCGUCGCUCUGUAGGGCAAGUUGUGGAUUUUAUGGAAACCCAUCAAGUGAUGGUCUCUGCUCGAAGUGCUACAAAGACGCUCUGAAGCGCAAACAGGCUGCACCAACCACUGCCUCUAGUUCUUCGUCUUCGAUUAGUGUAGAUAAUGCUGCUAGCAAUAUCAAAACGCUGAUUCAGAACGUUGCUGCGUCUUCAUCAAUGAACCCUACCGUUUCUUCAAAUGUAUCUGCGAUAUCUGCUCAAGAAUCCACCACUAGCCAACCUAGUGCAGAGGUUGCCAAGGUUGAGCCAAGCGAAGAGUCGCCAAAAGUUGAUAUGAACGAAAGUACCUCUGAAGCGGAAGCUCCCAAGACUCAAAAGAAGAAGAAAACGAAAUGCGCAAAGUGCAGAGCUAAUGUUGGCGUGAUAGCUUUUCCCUGUCGUUGUGGCGGUAUCUACUGUGGCACGCAUCGAUAUGCCAGCGAGCACAGCUGCACAUUUGACUACAAGGAGCAUGGCGCUGAGGAGAUUCGAAAAAAUAACCCUCAAGUUAUUGGCGAGAAGCUGCAAAAGAUUUAA